GAAUAUUAAAGUCACUCAGAGUGAGUGUGCGUGUAUUCCCGCUGUAGGACGAUGGGCGGCAGCAGCAGCACACUUUUCUACUACGACUACCCCUAAUUGACGUUUCCCUCUCAGGGAAACAGUUCAACUAACUAACUAACCCCAGACUGUACUGUCGACGAACGCGGCCAAGCAGGAGUUCAGUUUGAGUAGUUCAUGGCGAGCCAGCGGCCUCCCUCCGGCAUGGGCCGCCCAAUAAGCCGCAGUGGAUCAGUGCUGCCUGGUGCUGGAAGACCACCGACGGCCGUCAGACCUCCUCCUACGGCUAUACGUGUCGCAACUGGGAUGGUUCCAGGUACGAGUAGUCAUCCUGGUAUGAGGGGCGGCCUCCCUAUUGCAACUCCUGGAGUCCUGUCAGCGCCAAUUAAAGUGACUGACAGGCCUGUGACCCAACAGGGGCUCAGUGGGAUGAAGACUGGUAUGAAAGGUCCUCAGAGACAGAUUCUGGAUAAGUCCUACUACCUGGGCCUCCUGAGGAGUAAGAUCAACGAGUUAACCACGGAGAGCAGCAAACUGCACAAAGAGAUCGAAAACUACAACCAGGAGAACUCUGUUUAUCUGUCCUAUGAGAAGAGGGCUGAAGGCCUGGCUGCAGAGAUUAAAGAUCUACAAGGCCAGCUUGCUGACUACAACAUGCUGGUGGACAAGCUCAACACCAACACAGAGAUGGAGGAGAUGAUCAACAACUACAACAUUGUGAAAGCCCAGAAUAACAGCGAGGCUGAAAGCAUUGACAGCAUCUUCACUGAGAGGAGAGAAAGAGAGGAGGCCAUCAGGGCGAUUGAAGAAGAGAUCAGGAGGGAAAGGCGUGUUGCUGACGAGGUUGUCCAGGCCAUGCCAUCCACAAAGCAAGAAAAGUAUUUCAGCAUGACAACAGCCAAUGAGGAGCUGCUGCAGGAACUCACUGUUCUCCAGGAGGAGCUGGACAUUCUCAUCACCAGGAAGGAGGACUAUGAAGCAGAGCUCUACCACUCGCACAUAAAGCAGGAAGUGGUUCGGCUUCACGACACCCUGUCGGCGCUGGAGGCGAAACGUGACACCAUGGAGGCCGAGCACAAGAGCCUGGGCUCCCCACAGGAGGAGAGAGAGAAGCUGUUUAAACAGGUGAAGGAGGACAACCAGGAAAUCGCCAGCAUGGAGAGACAGCUCACAGAGAUCAGGGACAGGGCCACCCAGAUCACAGAGGAGAUCCGUCAGCUGGAGCAGGACUCAGAGGAAGCACAGGGCGAGUGUCAGCAGAAAUACAAAGAGCUGAAGAAGAAAGAGGAGGAGAUCGAUCGGUACCUGGAGUCGUUCGAGGAGUCCAGGGCUCAGGAGCAGGACAAGAUGACACAGAGCCAGGAGAACAUCGUCUCCCUUCUGGAACACUGCAGCAGGAACAUGUUGCGACUACGUCAUGUGGAUACAGUGACAGCCAGUGAGCUGAGGAACAUGCAGGAGGUGCUGGUCAGCAAGGAGACGGAGGUGGUCCAAUCAGAGAGCACCGCCAAGGGACUGACAACCGAGUCCCAGCGUCUGCAGCAGGACCUGGAGAAGGUGCAGCAGCUGGAGGGGAAGAUCACAGGUGAGCUGAGCACCCUGAGGGAGCGCGUCAGCACCAUGGAGUCCGAGCUGCGCACCUACCGAGACCUGGACACCCUGAAGCACACGGCGGAGGAGAAGAAGAAGAGACUACAGGUGGAGCGUGUGUCAAUGACUCAGCGUCGGGAUUCAUUCAAACAGCUGCUGGAAGAAAUGAACCAGAAAUAUGAAGCUCUGAAGAGCAAACUGCAGGAAAAUGAGACGCACGCUCAGCUGGCUAACCUUGAAAGGAAAUGGCAGCACAUGGAGCAGAACAACUUUGUAAUGAAAGAGUUCAUCGCCUCGAAAUCCCAGGAGACCGACUACGACUCUGUCGCCAAGAACGUCUCCCAGCAAGUGUCCGAGUACAACAAGAGUCUGAUGGAGAACUUGCAAAACAACAGGAGUUAGGCACACACACAGGAAAACACACACUGCAGGUAGAGUGGAAUCAUUUCCCAGUGAUGCUCAGACUGAAGCACCAUAUACGAGCAGAUUACACAUUAGUUAUAAAUCUUAUAAACUCUUCUUGUGUUUUGUUCUCCAGACAAAAGAUGGUGUGUUUUCUAAAUAUUAAUAUUAGGUUUGUUUCAGUUUGUGAUGAGUCACUUACACUACAGCUGCUUACUAUCCUUAAAAUCUCCAAAUGUGUCUGCUUAGUCAAGGUUUGUAUUUAUCUGCAUUAUUUUCUAUUAAAAUAUGUAUUCAAAUUC